GAAGAAGUGAAGCUGGAAGCAACAGACAGAAACACACAGAUAGAAAGAGACAGAGUUGGACCAACCUCUGAGUGUUUCUCUCUCUGCCUGGCUGACUGUGUGGGAGAUUACAAGUGAUGCCUCGCACUCUGAGGAGCAACACACAAUCAGGACUUUUCUUAGCUUCCUAUAUAUUUUAAACUCUCUGCUUCAAUGAUGAGGAGGGACCGUCUCUUCUUAGCCGCGACCCUCACUGCCAUCUUCUCCGCUGACCUUUACUUUGUCCUGCUGCCAAAGCUAAGGAGCGUGGGUCUGGGGUCCGGAGACUUUUGCCCAUGCGGUUCGGACAACUUCACCCUUCCCAGGCACGGAGGUCUCGCCACCCCACAGCUCUCUAACUGGACUCUGUAUGGAACCACAUCCGAACCCGCCGAUGAUGGGGGGUCGAAACUUGAGAGGCUCUUCUCCCACCCUCUGUACAACAUCAAGACCCCGGUGCUGGGUUCGGAGGAGAGGCUGCUGCAGGCGGAGCAGCUGAUGGAGUACUACAGGAGGAAGGUGGCACGCUGGGAAAGACAUAUGCAUCUCUACAGCGAGGCAGCGGCUUUGUCAAACAUCACACUGACUGAACAUGAAGUGACCUUUGACCCUGAAGCCAGCUGGCUGAAGUUCCACUCAGGAAUAAGCAGCUACGCUCUGUACUCCCGCAACGACCCCGCUAUCCCCAAACUGCUCAAAGACAUGCAGAGGAUGUCGGUCAUUAGCGCAGAUUACACUCAAGAUGAGAAGGCCCUAAAAGGAGCGUGUGAUUGUACCCAAGUUGUGAAGCCCAGCGGACAUCACCUGAAACUGGCUCUGAAGAUGCAAAACUUUGGAAAAGCCAUGUUCAAACCAAUGAGGCAGCAGAGAGACGAGGAGACUCCAGAAGACUUCUUCUACUUUGUUGAUCUCCAGAGACACAACGCAGAGAUCGCUGCCUUUCACCUGGACAGGAUCCUGGACUUCCGGAGGGUCCCGCCGGUAGCUGGCAGGCUGGUGAACGUCUCAGGAGAAGUUCUGCUAGUUACUCACAACGAUGACCUGCGAGCUGUGUUCUUCACUUCACCUGCCAACAACACGUGUUUCUUUGCCAAGUGCCUGUACGUCUGUAAGACAGAGUACGCAGUGUGUGGAGGACCAGACCUGCUGGAGGGGUCCCUGUCGGCGUACCUGCCCAGCCUCAGCAACGCGCCCCGCAUCUCCAUCCCCAACCCCUGGACUCGCUCCUACACCUUCAGCGGACGAGAAGAGUGGGAAGUGAAUCCUUUCUACUGUGACACAGUGAAACAACAGUAUCCAUAUAACUCAGGAAACAGGCUCCUCAACAUCAUCGACAUGUCCAUCUUCGACUUCCUCACAAGCAACAUGGACAGACACCAUUAUGAGAUUUUUACUAAAUUUGGGGACGAUGGGUUCCUUCUCCACUUGGACAAUGCACGAGGGUUUGGGAAACACUCUCAAGAUGAGAUGUCCAUCCUGGCUCCACUAUCGCAGUGCUGCGUGAUAAAGCGCUCCACUCUGGUGCGUCUGCAGCUCCUGGCCCGACCAGAGUUCAGACUGAGCGACGUGAUGAGGGAGUCUCUGAAGGGAGACUCUCUACAGCCCGUCCUAACGGAGCCUCACCUCUCAGCGCUGGACCGCCGGCUACAGAAGGUCCUCCGAGCGGUGCAGCGCUGCGUCAGGAGGCUGGGCGAGGAGGACGUGAUCACCAAGGACUUUGUCAAAUCCACAGCGACACCUCAGAUCAACACAGAGAUGAAGAAGGACAGGUAGCACAGGACGAAAUGAUCCUCUUCAUAGCUGUUUCUGUGCAGAAGACUUCAUGAUGAAGCGAAGUACGCAAAACAAGGCUCAGAUGGUUUCGAUUUAAGGAACAAGCCAUAAAUGGAAGACGGGUUCAAAUCUUCUGAGCUUAUCAGAGAAGGAUCUCGUUGAGGAGGUUCAGAGCGUGAAUCACUGCAGGCCUCAAAUUCCUAUCACAGAGGGAGUUGUGCAUUUUAUUUCCUUUUGUAUCUUUAAUGGUCAUAAAUUCCCCCAAGGGUGCAUUUUAUGACUCACUUUUUGUUAUGUCCACGAACACAACAUCAGGUACAUCAAGAUUGAAAUCCUGAUGGCUAUGGGAUCAAGCAUGGCGGUUUUAAAAGGGUUUCAAUGAAGAUAUGUUUAGCCCUUAAGCUUUUGAGUGUCUGUAUUUUGACUACACCGUUUAUUUAACACUUAUUAUAAGAGGUUGAGCUUUAGGAAGAAAAAACUUGCACCCUUGCCAACAUGUAUGCCAAAUGCAUUGAACAUAUAAUAUUAAAAAGCCCAAAAGUGCACCCUUAAAAACCAAUGUUAAAAACCAAAAAGAAGCAUCAGGGAAUGGAGUUUAUUUAUUAAAUAAAUUAAGCUAAAGCAUGAUUAUUCUACCAUGCAGCAAAUUCAGCAGUGGAGCUACUAUUAAUAAAAGAGAGCUACGAUGCACUGGAUCAGUUGUUUGCCAAAUUAAUGCUGGUGAAUAUUGUUGGUAUAGAGAGGAAUGUGUGGGUGUCUUUGUGUUGUUCUAAUUUUAAAAUAAAGUUAUUUUGAAGAGAAAGGAUCACCUGUAAGUUACAGUGUGUCUGUAGAUGUAUGUGUGUGAGAAAAGUGCUUCCGUUAAAACAGUCAUUUAGUUUCCUCCACCCCAUUUUCCAGACUUGUAAAUCCUUCUGUCUCAUCAGAGGGUUUAAACAGCUUUAACACGUCACUGUCAACUAAAACAGGCUGAGACACAGUAAUGACUAACCUUAAGUAAAUGUGAAAUAUGUGUCAUAUAUAUAUCAAGAUAGAAAAUCCUGAACUAAGCCAACAUUUUCUUAUUAUGAAUAUGAGAAUGUGUUGUCAUCUGUAACCAAUUUUGAGCUUUAGCCUUCAUUAUUUUAUGUGUUCCUAUCCGACAGACUUGAUAUGAUCCAGGUAUGUGUGUGAUGUAAAACAAGAUGAACAACCACAACUAUUUUUAAGAGAUCUUAACGUUUGGAAAAAUGCCAAAUAAAGUCAGACAUCAGCUUAAAAAGGCAGGCAGUAAGGCUGAUAAGUCGAGAUCGUAAAAAGUGCUCUCUACCACAGGUAAAUACCUUUAAACCACAGUGUAUCUUCACUGAAAUCUAGCAACAGGAAUUCACAUUUGAAACCCCAGUUGAAAAUGUAGAAUGACAGAUUCAAAAGUGAAAAGGCAAAUUUAGCCAAACUUUUCCAACUCCAAAAACUAAUAGCAAUAAUGUCAAAGCUGCAGAUGUUGGUAGUUUCCCAAGAGCCAAGGACAAUUGGCAAUAAUUACAUUUAUAAAUGUUUCUCAUUAUUUGAAAAUAUACUAUGUGGAAAAAAAUCUAAGUUGUCUAAAGUGAUCAAAAUCCUCUUUAAAGAAAAUGUGAUUAUUAACGAGACGAAGAAUGUUGAGAAAUAAUGAGAAAACGGAAGAAAGGUUAACAUUUAACAUGUGGGUAUGAGUCAUAGACUGUAUCUAUAAAAGUAUGUAUUAAGUGACCUUUUCUACUAUGUUUUGGUGCAGGAAUAAAUAAAAAAUGGUCCUGCUGUUUUCUAAACAUUAAG